GAUACUUGAGCAGGAUAUAUAAAAUUUUCAGGAUAAUAUUAAAACCACUUUACUUUUGAAGCAAUUAAAAAAAAAACAUAAAUUAUGGCUAAUAAUUUGGAACUUUUGGACUAUGAGGAAGAAGUUGGUCCACAGACCACUCAGAUCAACUUGAAACGAAAGCGGGAAGACAUCGAUGAUACAAGUUUGACUGUCAACACCAACACUUUUCGUGACUUUCUAUUAAAACCCGACAUUGUACGAGCAAUCGAGGACUGUGGUAUCGACCAACCAACCGAGCUACAACACGAAUGUCUACCACAAGCCAUGCUUGGCAUGGAUCUGUUAUGUCAAGCGAAAUCCGGCAUGGGAAAGACAACAGUUUUUGUACUAUCAACACUACAACAACUAGAACCAGCGGUGCGCUCGCCUUCCACAUUGGUUUUGUGUCACACGCAAAAAGCGGCAGUACAGAUUGGUGAAGCCUACAAGUGUUUCUCGAGGCAUAUGCCGCACGUAAAGGUUGGUGUAUUCUUUGAUGGCUUAACGGCAGAAGAUGAUGAGCGUAUGUUAGAAGAAAUGAUGCCACAUAUUGUCAUUGGCACACCAGGACGCAUAUUGACUUUGGUACGGAGCGACAAACUGAAUUUGGAACAAGUGAAACUCUUUAUAAUCAAUGAAUGUGCGCAAGUGUUGGAACGACUUUAUAUGCGUCACGAUGUAGAGGAACUCCACCGCGUCAUACCGAACGCAAAACAGACGAUGAUUUGCGCUACGACGAUGUUAAGCGACGAAAUACGGCGCGUGUGUAAGAAAUUCGUACACAGUCCCUUGGAGAUUUAUGAGAAUGAUCAAGCAAAGUUAUCGCUACGCGGUUUGGAACGUCCCAAGAUUAAACGUAAAAAGGUCGAGAGUAAUGUAGAAUUAUUUUCUUCGUUCAAUCUUUUGAAAUUUUAA